CUUGGCUGCCGAUUAAAAGACGUGAAAGAUGGCGGCACCCAGUGGUGAUGAUCGACGGAAUGCUCUCAAGGAAACUUUCGAUGUGCUGCUGGAAAUGUCCCAGCUGCUGAACACAGGCCUGGACGCGCAGUCGCUGGCGCUGUGCGUCAAACUGUGCGAGACUGGCGCGAACCCCGAAGCUCUGGCUAACCUCAUCAAGGAGCUGCGCGCCCGAACAGCGCCCAACGUCACCACUUGGAGCCUGCGCCCUGAACAUGCUGAGCGCUGACGGAGUACAUCUUCUAGUUAAAACGCAGCCGGCCUGCCAGUGCCCAAAUCUGGUGAGGUGCCCUUUAACGAUAAAGAAAAAGGAAGUCAUCGUAUAACACUCCUGUGGUAGGUUGGCACGCUGAUGCUAGAUACUGGAUUUUCAUCUCAACUCCUGCUAUUUAAAAUGCACUUCAAAAAUGCUUCUCUUUGUCUGUGACAGCACAGUGAUCUAGAUCGAAUUAGUUUCAAUUUCUACAAAACCUGACCACAAAAAUAUGAUUAAACUGCUUCAAUACAAUUCCACAUGCAUCCAGGAAUAAUGCUAUCUUACGUAAUUGCUUUCAAGUUAACUUUGAAAGCAAUUGAAGGUAAUGUGGAUCAUAAUUUGUAAGGGGAAGGACGAUGACAUUGGGUGAAGACGAUGUUGUCUGCAUUGCAGAAAAGUUGCUUGAGAAGGUAGUGCCAUUAUUUGAGGAGAAAGCAACAUGGUGGUGUUUCUGUGAAAGCAGCAGGCUUUCACAGUAAAUGAUUUCGGAGCCAGAACAACAUUCGUAGUGAUCUUUGAUAACCUUGAGCACCCUUGAAUAUGAAGUGAAACUGCCACAUUCAAGCCCUUGAAAGCCUUUCAGGACUGAAAGUUUCAUAGAGUGCUUAAAAAUUCUAUAAUUUUACUUUCAGCUAAGCUUAGUGGAUUUUAUCUGUGUAUCUGAAGACGGAGGUUCACGCAAGCCUGUGAUUCGAUUAGUAUCU